AAACACACACUCUCACACACAGCUGUAUAAUUUGUCCACACACGCAAUCCAAACCCCUCACAUAAAUACACACAACUCCUCUUUCGUCAGCCCUUUUCUUUCUUUUCCCAUCUCUCUCUAAAAACACGCGCACACAGCAACACCCAGAGAGAUAGAGAGAGAGAGGGAGAGAGAGAAUUAAAUCCAUCAAAUCAAAGAUUUCACCGCCGGAGAGAUGCAACCACCGAGCAACGGAGGAGACAUGAGUCAGCAACAACAGCAAUGGUUGGCUAUGCAGCAGCAGUAUCAGCAGCAGUGGUUAGCCAUGCAACAGUAUCCCCCGGCGGCGGCGGCGGCGCUGCAGCAGCAGCAGAUGGCGGCGGCGGCUAUGUUCCAUCAGCCGCCGCACUACUUGCCUUACCAUUACUAUCAGCAUCAGCAGGCUCAGGUGGCGGUGGCGCCGCCGCCGCCGCCCCAGAUUCAGAGCUCGUCGGAGGAGAAUAAAACGAUUUGGAUCGGUGAUCUUCAGCCGUGGAUGGAUGAACAUUAUCUCCAGUCUUGCUUUGCUCCUACCGGCGAGGCUAUUGCUGUAAAGAUUAUCCGUAAUAAACAGACAGGCCAGUCAGAGAGAUUUGGAUUCAUUGAGUUUCUUUCUCAUGCAGCAGCUGAGAAGGUCCUCCAGACCUACAAUGGAACUGCCAUGCCUAAUGCAGACCAAUUAGCGUUCCGGUUGAACUGGGCAACAUUUAGUACUGGUGAAAGGCGUCAAGAUGCUGGUUCUGAUCUUUCUGUGUUUGUAGGUGAUUUGGCUUCAGAUGUUACAGAUACAGUGUUACAUGAAACGUUUGCUACUAGAUAUCCCUCUGUUAGAGGUGCAAAAGUUGUAGUUGAUGCAAACACUGGUCGUUCAAAAGGUUAUGGAUUUGUUAGGUUUGGAGAUGAAACUGAGAGGUCAAGGGCCAUGACUGAAAUGAAUGGUCAGUACUGUUCGAGCAGACCCAUGCGCAUAGGUGUUGCAACCCCCAAGAAGCCAUCUACACAGCAGCAAUUUUCACAAGCUGUAGUGUUGUCUGGAGGAGCUGCUGCAAAUGGUGCCCAUUCAGAGAACGAUACAUCAAACACCACAGUUUUUGUGGGAGGGCUGGAUUCUGAAAUAACUGAUGAAGAACUUAAGCAGACGUUUUCUGAGUUUGGCGAGGUUCUUUCGGUAAAAAUUCCAGUUGGGAAAGGAUGUGGUUUUGUUCAAUUUUCCAACAGAUCCAGUGCUGAGGACGCUAUUCAACAAUUGAAUAAUACUGUUAUUGGCAAGCAGACAGUCCGUCUAUCCUGGGGUCGAACUCCAGCAAAUAAGCAGUUGAGAAUGGAUUCCGGUAAUCAGUGGAAUGGAAAUUAUUAUGGAAAGCAAGGUUAUGGGUAUACAGUGCCGCAGGGUCAGGAUCCAAACAUGUAUGGUUCUGGUGCUGGUUAUGGGGCACCUACAAAUGGGUAUGGAAAUCACUAGCAGCCUGUAAACUGAUAUUCAGUGGCGCUUUAAAAGUUGAGUCGUGAAAACAUAUAAUGAGAAGGAUAUCUAUUUAGAGCCAUGUAGCAUGCCGAAUUUUGUAGCUCAGAUUUAUUUUAUUAUCUCUUGAAGUUUGAAUAACUUUUUGAUGGAAUAUUUCUUGGUGUUAUAUUUUUAAGAGUCUA